AUGUCCGUCGAGCAGUUCGGCGCAAGCUUGCUCGGUGAAGUGCGAGAAGAGAGUCUAGAUGAGCUUCUGAGGGAUCUCGCAACGACUCUAGACCCUCGUCCGAAAGACAUUCUUGGCUUGAGGGAGGUAGAUCGGCUCCUCGAGCUCUUUCGCUACCACCGACCUGGAACACCCACCCGUCGGCCAGGAUGGACAACAGCAGAAGAGGCAGGGGAAGGCUCCAUCUCCGGUGAUGUCGAUGCCGGCGACCCUGCCGCAGAGCCACUGAAGGCCCGGCCACCCAUCAUUGAGAUCUCGAGCACCCUCUCAGCAGCCGGCAAGACGAGCUUCCUCUACCUUUUGACGGCACAUGCCCUCCUCCCCGUUCUCUACGGUGGCCUAGAAUCCACUGCUCUCUGGCUUGAUACCGAUGGCCGCUUCUCGGCUCUCCGCCUCUCCCACAUCAUGUCCCAUCUCCUCAGCGCGUCCCCAUCCCAGCCAUCUUCCUCCACCAUCCACUCCACGAUUGACUCCUCCCUCCGCCAACUCCACAUCCUCACGCCCACAACAUCCUCUCAGCUCCUCGCCAGCCUCGAAUCCCUCCCCUCAGCCCUCCUAUCCCUCGCUUCCUCCCGCCCAUUCCGCCUCUUGAUCCUCGACUCCGCCACCGCCUUCGCCCACCAAGACCGCUUCGACGCCGACAUCGCCCGCCUGGAAGCCGGCGCAGAGUACUACAACGCCUCCCGCCCCCGCACCCCAUCACGCACCGCCCAGAUCAUCUCCGCCCUAUGCACCAUUCAGCAACAGUUCAGGUGCACCCUCAUCUUCACCACAACGCCGCAACACCCCGGGUUCAAUACCCGCCCCCUCACGACUCCCGCCACCACCAGCAGCGGCUCCGCAACAGGAGGCCAGCGUCCCCAGCACCAGCACCAGCACCAGCACCAGCCCCAACGGCCCGACGAGCCCGUGCCCAUCUCGCCCUGGAACGCCCUCGCGACCCUAACGCUGAAAGUGGAGCGCACGGCCGUUACGCAGUUCGCGCCGAGCGCCGGCCUGACCGAGUGUCUGCGCGACCGGGAGAAGCGGCAGGAGGCGGUGGGCGCGGGCAAGUUUGUGGUGCGUCUGGAUUGGGAGGGAGCGGAGCGGUGGCCGCCGGGGGUUAGGGAGGUGGUGCUGGGAGGGGGAGGGGUUGAGGGGGGCCGGGGGAGGAUUGAGAUGAGGAUUCAUGGGGAGGGGGUGGAUGUUGGUUAA